GAUCCCCGCCUUCUCUUCACCUUCUCCCGGACCCGAGCUCCCCUGCAUUCGCACUUUCGCAGCUCUUGAGAGCCCAGAAACGAACCUUUCUUGACCUCCAUGGCCGCGCGAUCCUGGAGCCAUUUCUCCUGCUGCGUCGGCGGCAGCGCUGUGGCGGACGACAACGACGACGACCGCGCGGCGUCACGGCGACGAGUCGGCCGGAAGGUCAGCCCGAGGUCGUCAUCAUCGUCCUCGAGGAUGUCGCUCAGCAGCCUCAGCUCGUCGGGGACGCUCUCGCCGGAGGACCUGUCUCUCACGCUGUCCGGCUCCAACCUGCACGCCUUCACCUACGCCGAGCUCCGCGCCGCGACGGGGACCUUCUCGCGCGCCAACUACCUCGGCAGCGGCGGGUUCGGCCCCGUCUACAAGGGCGUCGUCGGCGACAGCCUCCGACCCGGGCUCGCCGCGCAGGCUGUCGCCGUCAAGUACCUCGACCUGGACUGCGGCACGCAGGGACACAAGGAGUGGCUGGCCGAAGUUUUCUUUCUUGGGCAACUGAGGCAUAAGAACCUGGUGAAGCUCAUCGGGUACUGCUACGAGGACCAGCACCGGAUGCUGGUGUACGAGCUCAUGAGCGCCGGGAGCCUGGAGAACCACCUCUUCAAAAGUACUAAUGGCUCUCUCCCGUGGAUGACGAGGAUGAAGAUCGCUGUCGGGGCAGCCAAGGGCCUCGCCUUUCUCCACGAUGCCGACACCCCGGUGAUCUACCGUGAUUUCAAGGCUUCCAACAUUUUGCUCGACUCGGAUUACAACACCAAGUUGUCCGACUUUGGGCUCGCCAAGGAUGGGCCUCAGGGUGAUGAGACACACGUGACGACGCGUGUCAUGGGGACACAUGGCUAUGCAGCGCCAGAGUACAUCAUGACAGGCCACUUGACCGCCAAGAGUGAUGUAUAUAGCUUUGGUGUAGUGCUCCUAGAGCUUCUUUCCGGGUUGCAAUCAGUUGACCGCGCGCGGCGGCCGAGGGAGCAGAACCUAGUGGAAUGGGCUCGGCCGUACCUCAAGCACCCUGACAAGUUGUACAAGAUUAUGGACCUAGCAUUCGAGUGCCAAUAUUCAUGCAAAGGUGCCGAGGUGGCAGCGCUGGUGGCGUACAAGUGUCUUAGCCAGAACCCUAAAUCUAGGCCCACUAUGAAGGAGGUGGUCAAGGCCCUUGAGCCCGUGCUUGACAUGGAAGACUUCUUUCCUGGGGGCCAUUUUGUGUUCACAAUUAUUGUGGAGGAGGACAAGGUGGUGGACAUGACGGUGGAGGUCGAGGAGAAGGAACUACACCAUCGCCAAAACUGUGAAGACAGGCACCGGCAGAAGUACCCUAACUCGGUGAUCCAUACCGGCAUUGUGCUCCACGGAAGUGAUGGUCUAAUUACAGGGUUGAACGGUGCGCAUCGGCGGCAACAAAGGUCGCCGAGCUACCGCCGUGAGAGGGGUGUUUAGGACUACGAUAGGGAAGUGGGUAGGAUAAAAUGGUAUGUAUAUCCAUACUAUGAUGUGACACAAUGUCACAUCAGUUUGUUUUAGAUUAGAGGAUGUAAUUCUUUUUUUCUUGGUAGUGACAAUCGGUGUUAGGUAAUAUAGGGAUGCAAAAGUCCGGUA